CGGCGCCUGGCGCCCCUGGUGCUGCUGUGCGCCUUCGCCAAGGGCCCGCAGGGCCGGUUCCCGGGCCUCAGGGUCAGGUACGUGGCGCUGGUCUGGUUGGGCGUCUUUGCGGGCAGCUGGCUGGUGUAUGUGCGCUACUCGUCCUACUCGGAGCUCUGCCGUGGCCAUGUCUGUCAGGUGGUCAUCUGUGACCAGUAUCGCAAAGGCAUCAUCUCGGGCUCCAUCUGCCGGGAUCUGUGUGAGCUGCACACGGUGGAGUGGCGGACCUGCCUGUCCCCAGCCCCGAGCCAGCAGGUAUACAGUGGACUGUGGCAGGACAAGGAGGUGACCAUCAAGUGCAGCAUCGAGGAGGCCCUGCAUGCUAAGGCCCAGCCAGAGGCGGUGCCCCGGCCGGAGCUUGUGCUGUUCGACAAGCCCACGCGGGGCACGUCCAUCAAGGAGUUCCGAGAGAUGACCCUGAGCUUCCUCAAGACAAACCUGGGAGACCUGCCCUCCCUGCCGGCGCUGGUCGGCCAGGUCCUGCUCAUGGCCGACUUCAACAAGGACAGCCGAGUGUCCCUGGCAGAGGCCAAGUCCGUGUGGGCCCUGCUGCAGCGCAACGAGUUCCUGCUGCUGCUGUCCCUGCAGGAGAAGGAGCAUGCCUCGCGGCUGCUGGGCUGCUGCGGGGACCUCUACCUCACCGAGGGCAUUCCCCAUGGCUCCUGGCCCGGAGCCACGCUGCCCCCGCUGCUGCGCCCGCUGCUGCCACCUGCGCUGCACAGUGCUCUGCAGCAGUGGUUUGGGCCUGCGUGGCCCUGGCGGGCCAAGAUUGCCAUUGGCCUGCUGGAGUUCGUGGAGGAGCUCUUCCACGGAUCCUACGGGACCUUCUACAUGUGCGAGACCACGUUGGCCAACGUGGGCCACACGGCCACCUAUGAUUUCAAGAUGGCAGACCUGCAGCAGGUGGCACCUGAGGCCACGGUGCGCCGCUUCCUGCAGGGCCGCCGCUGCGAGCACAGUGCCGACUGCACCUACGGGCGUGACUGCAGGGCGCCCUGCGACCGGCUUAUGCGGCAGUGCAAGGGUGACCUCAUCCAGCCCAACCUGGCCAAGGUGUGUGAGCUGCUGCAGGACUACCUGCUGCCCGGCGCGCCCGCUGACCUGCGCGAGGAGCUGGGCAAGCAGCUGCGCACCUGCACCACGCUGAGCGGGCUGGCUAGCCAGGUGGAGGCCCACCACUCGCUGGUGCUCAGCCACCUCAAGACGCUGCUCUGGAAGGAGAUCUCCAACACCAAGUACUCCUGAGGAGCCAGUGCCAGCCACUGGCAGGACGGGCCCUCUGAAGAGCAAUGUAAAUAAAUGGCUUU